AUGGGUAAUCAACAAUCGAACAUUGGCGGAGGCCCCGGUGGGGACGGAAGAGACGAGAAGGACAAGAAGAAGGACAAGCCUAGAUACGAGCCCCCUCCUCCCCCGACCACUCGCAUCGGACGUAAGAAGAGAAAGGCCGCGGGCCCGAGUACCGCAGCCAAACUUCCCGAUAUCUACCCAACGUCGCGAUGUAAACUACGUUACCUACGGAUGCAACGGGUUCAUGACCACUUAUUGCUCGAGGAAGAAUACGUGGAAAACAUGGAACGUAUGCGCAAAGCCAAGGCGCAAGCAACGCAGGGUCCCGUCAGCCAGGGCGACUUGGAUAUUAUGGAUCGGAAUGCCGAUGAGAGAAGCCGGGUCGAUGACAUGAGAGGGAGUCCGAUGGGUGUCGGUAACCUGGAAGAAUUGAUUGACGAUGACCACGCGAUUGUAUCGAGCGCAACAGGGCCCGAGUACUACGUGUCUAUUAUGUCUUUCGUCGACAAGGAUCUCCUGGAGCCCGGUGCGAGUAUUCUGUUGCAUCACAAGACCGUCUCGGUGGUCGGUGUGUUGACCGAGGAAUCCGAUCCUCUUGUCUCAGUGAUGAAGCUCGAUAAGGCGCCGACUGAGUCCUACGCAGACAUUGGUGGUCUUGAGUCACAGGUACAAGAGGUACGAGAGUCGGUCGAGCUUCCAUUGCUUCACCCCGAGUUGUACGAAGAGAUGGGUAUCAAGCCUCCGAAGGGUGUCAUUCUCUACGGUGCUCCGGGUACCGGUAAGACAUUGCUGGCCAAGGCAGUGGCCAACCAAACCAGUGCUACUUUCCUUCGUAUUGUCGGCAGUGAACUUAUCCAGAAGUACCUGGGUGAUGGUCCUCGUCUUGUUCGCCAGAUUUUCUCGGUCGCUGCUGAGCAUUCGCCUUCGAUUGUGUUCAUUGACGAAAUUGAUGCGAUUGGUACCAAGCGUUACGACUCCAGCUCUGGCGGAGAGCGUGAAAUCCAGCGUACUAUGCUUGAGCUUCUCAACCAGCUCGAUGGUUUCGAUGACCGCGGAGACGUCAAGGUCGUUAUGGCAACAAACAAGAUCGAAACCUUGGAUCCUGCAUUGAUUCGGCCAGGUCGUAUUGACCGGAAGAUUCUCUUCGAGAACCCCGAUCAAAACACCAAGAAGAAGAUCUUCACCCUGCACACUUCGAAGAUGUCCCUCGGUGACGACGUCGACCUCGAUGAGUUCAUCAACCAGAAGGACGAUCUCUCCGGUGCCGAUAUCCGCGCCAUUUGCACGGAAGCUGGUCUGAUGGCGCUGAGAGAACGCCGGAUGAGGGUGCAAAUGGACGACUUCCGUGCAGCCAAGGAACGGAUUAUGAAGACGAAGCAGGAUGGCGGUCCUAUCGAAGGGUUAUACCUGUAG